ACAAAUCAACACAGAGGGACAAUAAAAUUAAAAAAAAAACUCAGAAAAAGUCUGUCUCUCACUCAUUUCUGAUUUCUUCAUCUUCUCUUCCUCGACCCGACAUUCCAGUGUGAAGUAAAAAUGGGUCCCGGAGGAGAAGGGAUGUCUCUUGAAUUCACUCCGACGUGGGUCGUCGCCGCAGUUUGUACGGUAAUCGUCGCGAUUUCACUGGCGGUGGAGCGUUUGCUUCACUAUUUCGGUACUGUUCUUAAGAAGAAGAAGCAAAAACCUCUUUACGAAGCCCUUCAAAAGGUUAAAGAAGAGCUGAUGUUGUUAGGGUUCAUAUCCUUGUUACUGACGGUAUUCCAAGGACUCAUUUCCAAAUUCUGUGUGAAAGAAGAUGUGCUUCUGCAUAUGCUUCCAUGUUCACUUGAUUCAAGACGAGAAGCUGAGGCAAAUGAACAUAAAAACGUUACAGCUAAAGAACAUUUUCAGACUUUUCUCCCUAUUGUUGGAACCACUAGGCGUCUACUUGCUGAACAUGCUGCUGCUGAAGCUGGUUAUUGUAGCCAAAAGCAUAAAGUACCAUUGCUUUCGGUUGAGGCAUUGCACCAUCUACAUAUCUUCAUCUUCGUCCUCGCCAUAUCCCAUGUGACAUUCUGUGUCCUUACUGUGGUUUUUGGAAGCACAAGGAUUCACCAAUGGAAGAAAUGGGAGGAUUCGAUCGCAGAUGAGAAGUUUGACCCCGAAACAGCUCUCAGGAAAAGAAGGGUCACUCAUGUACACAACCAUGCUUUUAUUAAAGAGCACUUUCUUGGUAUUGGCAAAGAUUCAGUCAUCCUCGGAUGGACGCAAUCCUUUUUCAAGCAAUUCUAUGGAUCAGUGACGAAAUCAGAUUACGUGACUUUACGUCUUGGUUUCAUUAUGACACAUUGUAAGGGAAACCCCAAGCUCAAUUUCCACAAGUAUAUGAUGCGCGCUCUAGAGGAUGAUUUCAAACAAGUUGUUGGUAUUAGUUGGUAUCUUUGGAUCUUUGUCGUCAUCUUCCUGCUGCUAAAUGUUAACGGAUGGCACACAUAUUUCUGGAUAGCAUUUAUUCCCUUUGCUCUGCUUCUUGCUGUGGGAACAAAGUUGGAGCAUGUGAUUGCACAGUUAGCACAUGAAGUUGCAGAGAAACAUGUAGCCAUUGAAGGAGACUUAGUGGUGAAACCCUCAGAUGAGCAUUUCUGGUUCAGCAAACCUCAAAUUGUUCUCUACUUGAUCCAUUUUAUCCUCUUCCAGAAUGCUUUUGAGAUUGCGUUUUUCUUUUGGAUUUGGGUUACAUAUGGCUUCGACUCGUGCAUUAUGGGACAGGUGAGAUACAUUGUUCCAAGAUUGGUCAUCGGGGUCUUCAUCCAAGUGCUUUGCAGUUACAGUACACUGCCUCUUUACGCCAUUGUCUCACAGAUGGGAAGUAGCUUCAAGAAAGCUAUAUUCGAGGAGAAUGUGCAGGUUGGUCUUGUAGGUUGGGCACAGAAAGUGAAGCAAAAGAGAGACCUAAAAGCUGCAGCUAGUAAUGGAAACGAAGGAAGCUCUCAGGCUGGUCCUGGUCCUGAUUCUGGUUCUGGUUCUGUUCCUGCUGCUGGUCCUGGUGCAGGUUUUGCAGGAAUUCAGCUCGGCAGGUUAACAAGAAACAACGCAGGGGACACAAACAAUGAGAUUACGCCUGAGCAUAACAACUGAGCAAAGAUAUUAUCUUUUCCAUUUAGAAGAUCAUCAUCAGAUUUAGCUUCAAGGUCCGGUUUUGUUGUUAUACAUAAAAGCCAUAGUGACUUGAUUUUUUGUUUUGUUACAAAGUUACCAUCUUUGGAUUAGAAUUGGGAAUUGAAUCUGUUUUGUAUAUGUUGUAUUAUUUGGAACAUUGUAGUUAGUGUGAUGCUCAUUCUAGAUCUUCGGUUCAAUUAUUUUGGUUUUGGGUUAUAAAAUAUGAAA